GAGAUAGAAUUGAAGAUAGAGAAAGAGAUCAGAUCAGACAUGGAGGCUUGUAUUCUCAGAAACCCAUCUGCAUUCCAUGUUCUCUCAUCCCUUUUCUUCACUCUUCUUCUUUUCAACUCCAUCACCCUAACCUCAUCCGCAAACACCAGCACUACUUCUCUCACAAUCAGCAAACAGUUCAUCAAAACUUCAUGCAAUUCAACCACAUAUCCUCGUGUUUGCUACAAAUCACUCUCCUCCUAUGCCUCCAAGGUCAAAACCAGCCCCCUGAAGCUCGCCAAUGUGGCUCUCACAGUAAGCCUAAAAGCUGCCCGCAACGCGUCUUCCACCAUCACACUGCUACUGGAACGAAAGGGGAUGACCCGCAUGGAAACAUCAAUCGUUAAGGACUGUGUCGAGAAUUUUGGGGACUGCAUCGACGAACUGCAGCAGUCCUUGCAGGAGUUCAAGAGCCUAGGAGGUGGGAAAAAUGUGGCUUUCCAAAUGGCUAAUAUAAAGACAUGGGUGAGUGCUGCAUUAACAGAUGAGUACACCUGCUCUGAUGGAUUUGAAGGCCAGAAGGUGAGCUCUUCCUUGCAGCAGCAAAUCAAGAAUUAUAUUUCGAAUGUUGCCAAGAUCACCAGCAAUGCUUUGGCUCUCAUCAACAAUCUUUCUGUUACUGAUAUUAAAUCCUAGUACAUCAUGGUCUUUUCCUUUUGGUUGGGGACUGAGUUCAGGGUUUUUACACUUUUAUUGGGUCGGUUUUCUAAGCAGCUGCUUCUCUGAUUUGCUCUUUUAAAUUGAUUUAACAAUAUCUUGUGUUUUAAUUCUAUAAAAAAAAAAAAAUUAUCACUUUUUAAAUUAAGAGAAGCAAAUUGAAGAAGCAUUUUGAAAUAUGGUUUUUUUUUUUUUUUUUUUUUUUUUCAGUCUAUGUGGAGUGGUUUGUAUUUAUAGUGGUUGGUUUUGUUGUACAUUCCUGUGCUCAUCUUGAAGUUGAAAAUCAAUGAAGGAAAGCAUGCUUCAAAGUGAGUUGAAUUUCAGUGCCAAA